CUUGGGCUAGAGGAUUUUUCUGCCAUUCUGAUGAACCCUAGAGGAAGGGAGCAAAGUCGGUGCGGUUUGGCCGAGGGGCGGGGUGAGGACCGCGCAGGCUCAGCUUCUCGGCUGGAAGAGGAAGUCGCGAGUGCAGGCGUCUGCGGCCCCCAUGGUGACCAGACGGACUUCCGUCGUACCCGCCCACCUCUACCUGCCCCUAACCCCGCGAGGCGCACCAUGGCAACGAUACUUCUGCGUCGCGGAAGCGGGUCCCGCAGGUCGCCACGGUUGGGGGAAACGCGGCGGACGCCGCCCCCAUCCCGAAGGGGACUCGAAAAUGUACAGCCAGCGGUUUGGCAUCGUCCAGCGGGAGGUUAAGGGCCCUACCCCCAAAGUGGUGAUCAUGAGACCCAAGCCUCCUAAAGGCCAAGGGGCUGAGCACCAUCUAGAAAGAAUCCAACGCAGCCAUCAGAAGCAUAAUGCUAUUUUGGCUUCCAUUAAGUCAAAUGAGCGGGAUCGCUUGAAAGUUGAGUGGGACCAGCACAAUGACUGCAAGUUUUUGGACAGCCUUGUGCGAGCAAGAAUCAAGGAUGCUGUGCAAGGGUUUAUCAUUAACAUUGAAGAAAGACGAAAUAAGCUACGUGAACUUUUAGCAUUAGAAGAAAAUGAGUAUUUUACAGAAAUGCAAUUGAAGAAAGAAACCAUUGAGGAGAAAAGAGAUAGGAUGAGAGAGAAAACUAAAUUACUAAAAGAGAAGAAUGAAAAAGAGAGGCAGGAUUUUGUGGCUGAAAAGCUAGACCAGCAAUUCAGGGAACGCUGUGAGGAGCUCCGUGUUGAAUUGUUUUGUAUCCAUCAGAAGAAGGUGUGUGAGGAGCGGAAAGCACAGAUUGCAUUUAAUGAGGAGCUGAGGAGGCAAAAGCUGGUGGAAGAGCAGAUGUUCUCCAAGCUCUGGGAGGAAGACCGAUUAGCCAAGGAAAAGCGAGAAGCCCAAGAGGCGAGGAGACAGAAAGAGCUGAUGGAGAACACACGCCUGGGGCUGAAUGCCCAGAUCACCAGCAUCAAGGCACAAAGGCAGGCAGCACAGCUGCUGAAGGAAGAGGAGGCGCGCCUCGUGGAAAGUAACAACGCACAGAUUAAACAUGAGAAUGAACAGGAUAAGCUAAAGAAACAGAAGGCAAAGCAAGAAACUAGGACCAUUUUGCAAAAAGCCCUACAGGACAGGAUAGAACAUAUUCAGCAGGACUACAGAGAAGAACAGGACUUGAACAUGAAGCUCGUGCAAAGGGCCCUUCAAGACUUACAGGAAGAGGCAGAUAAAAAGAAACAAAAAAGAGAAGAUAUGAUAAGAGAACAGAAGAUAUACCAUAAAUAUUUGGCACAGAGACGUGAGGAAGAAAAAGCUCAGGAGAAAGAAUUUGACAGAAUAUUAGAGGAAGACAAGGAAAAGAAGUUGGCUGAGAAGGACAAGGAGCUGAGACUUGAAAAGGAGGCAAGGAGACAGCUUGUGGAUGAGGUCAUGUGUACAAGAAAACUUCAAGUUCAAGAAAAGUUGCAAAGAGAAGCUAAAGAACAGGAAGAACGUGCUAUGGAACAGAAACACAUAAAUGAAAGUCUUAAAGAACUUAACUGUGAAGAGAAGGAGAAUUUUGCAAGACGCCAAUGUUUAGCCCAGGAGUACAGGAAGCAACUUCAGAUGCAAAUCGCCUACCAGCAGCAGUCCCAAGAAGCAGAGAAGGAAGAGAAACGCCGAGAGUUUGAAGCAGGGAUAGCAGCAAACAAGAUGUGUUUGGACAAGAUCCAGGAGGUCCUGUCCACCCAUCAAGUGCUGCCUCAAAACAUUCAUCCCAUGCGCAAGGCAUGCCUCAGUGAGCUUCCACCAUAGUUCCGUGAGCAUCUAUGUAUCUUUUCUUGGUCUUUUAAUAUUUUUAACUACAGUAUGCUUGUAUGCUUCUUUUAACUCCUGGAUAAACUGUUCUUUUUUUCCCUGAGUUUGUGUAAUUAAUUGAACGUAAUUUUCUUCCUUUGAAUAAACCUGCACCGUUUUCGGAGUUCACAGACUUACAAAUCCAAA